CCCUGGCCCUCCACGCCAGGGAAGGUGCUGCACCUGAGCGCCAUUUGCUUGUUUUUAUCCUAAAUUUAUCCAGCAGCACCUCUGGGGAUAUUUUCAGGUGUCAGUUCACACCUGUUUUCUUGUUUAUGCGAUGGCAUUCCAUUCCUUCGUGGGUGGUGGCUGGUUGGUGCUUGCGUCACGUACCGGAGUAAUUGCUAUUCCAGAAUGAUCUUGCAUUGAGCCUUUGUGGAAGAAACGAGAUUUAAACAUCAGUUCUUCAAUGUGCAUCCUUCUAUUCAAAUUUGACCCACGACCAGCUUCAAAAAAUGCAUACAGGCUUAUUCUAGCAGCUAAUAGGGAUGAAUUUUACCACAGACCAUCCAAAUCAGCCGAGUUUUGGGACAGCAGCAAUGAGAUCCUUAGUGGUCUGGACAUGGAGGAGGGAAAAGAAGGUGGGACAUGGCUGGGAAUCAGUAAGAAAGGCAAGAUGGCAGCCCUGACAAACUAUAUGCAGCCAAAUAUUAAUAAAAAUGCAAAAGGAAGAGGUGCUCUGGUAACAAACUUCUUGACUGCAGAUCUGGACAGCUACUCUUACUUGAAGAAAGUUUCAGAAGAGGGACAUCUUUAUAAUGGAUUUAAUUUAUUAGCAGCUGACUUGAAUACCACCAAAGGAGAUGUAAUUUGCUACUAUGGAAACAAAGGAGAACCAGAACCUGUUUUCCUAAAUGCUGGAAUAUAUGGAUUGAGUAAUUCUUUGCUGGAUACACCUUGGAAGAAACUUCAAUAUGGGAAGCAGCUUUUUGCAGAGGUGGUCAAGAGAAGUGAAGAGCUUACCAAAGAAGACUUGGUGAAGGAGCUUCUUACAGUGAUGAAUAAUCAAGAGCCUCAAUUACCAGACCCUGCAAUUGAAGACCAAGGGAAGGACUAUAUCCGUCCCAUACUGAACAAGUAUGCAGCUUUGUGUGUUCGUUGCCCAGGUUACGGAACAAGGACGAACACGGUGGUGCUCAUCGAUUCCCAGGGACGCGUCACGUUCACCGAGCGCAACAUGAUCAAUGCUGAUGUCAACCAGUGGGAAACAAGCACCUAUGAAUUCAAACUGCACAGUUAACAACUUUCCACAUGAAUGGUUUGUAAUAAUAGCAAUGAGAGAACAAGCCAUUAAGCUCUAGUAAAUGUUUUGUGCCAGCCUCCAUAAGCUAAAAAUAGCAAGGAAAGCAAAAGUUUAAAUAAACUGGUAGCAUACUCUAUCAAGCUCACAAAUGCUUUGGAGAAAAGCAGAUGAAGAUGCUGUUUUUACAUGAAGUAGCAACUUAUAAUCAGAAAUAUUUUAUUUAAUACCACCCUGCUUUCAGGGCAAGGCCAUCUUGGUCCAAGACAAAGUCAUUGCUUUUUUGUGUGUGUUGGUUUUUUAAAGAUAUUAUAAGUAGACUUAAACUUGUUUUUAGUUCUCAAGAUGGGAAAACAUUUGCUGCUUUUAUUGUUCUGUGUAAAAGUUUUACCAAACUUUGCUUUACCUUCAACAUAUGCUGUUAAGAUUGUACAGCUGUUGCCAAUGUGCAUUAAAUGAAUGUAUGUUAUCCUGGUAGUAUUAAGUGCUUUAGUCUAAUUUGAGCUUUUCAGUGCCAUGGUGCAAUGGUCUGCCUGGGGAGGGCAGAGAAGGGGAAUUCUUUAUAUUUGUUUUUCUAGAGAUAGUACAGCAAUAGAUCUUAUUUCUAAAAUUUGAUCAGAGAAUCAAGACUUGCUUAUCUUUGACCUGAAUAAAACUAUUUGUGCUGUGACAUCCUGUUUCCUGAUAGUCUAAUUAGCAAUAUUGUUUUGUGAUUUUCUUCCCCAGCAAGCAGGUAAGGAAUAGGUAUCUGUUUGCAAACAGAAGCUGAAGAUGAGGUUUUCAUGUACCAGCUGUUUUGUACAUACAAAAUUUUUGAUUCAUUUCUUUAUUGGUAUAAUGUGUUACAGCCUGGAGUGACUACUCAUAAAUUUUUAGUAAAAAUAGCUAUGUGUUGUAAGGUGACACUGUUGCAGUCUUAUAUUGCUGAAAAAGUUGGGUAUUAAGAGGUACUUCCUAUGUUCUAACACCUGUGAAUUAAAAAGCUAUUUAAAUGCAUGCUUUUUUCAAUUAUUCAGUGCCAGUGUAGGUAAUGGAAGAUUCUAGCUACUAUCAGGAUAUCUGAAAACCCUGUGCUAAUUUUGUUUCUAUUGGUGUUCUGUUUUGACUUUUUUUGAAUACUGAAUAUUAGGUUAGUAGUGGAUCACCACUAUUUUUUUUCCUUUAGGUAGUCUGACUGUAUUUUCACAUGCCUCUGAUUUGAAUUAAUUAUUGCAAAGUAGCCAGAUUUUUGAUAAUUUUUGAUAUUCUUUGGAAGAUGUGCAGCUGUGUUUCUGUACUCAAGCUGGUGUGUUUGGACUUUUUCACGUGUGUGUGUGUGUGUGUUUGUAAUGGAGGCAGCAGUAAAUGAGACUUUCCAUUGAGGUGAAGUACUGUGAAAGGCCAUUCCCAGAUUUGUAAUAGUCAGGAGAUGCUAAAGCAGCAUUUAGUCAAAUCUCUUCUUUAUAUUUGCAUAUUUAAAUAGCUUCUAGAUACCAGGACUGCUUACAUGACUAGUCACAGGCUGUGGAUUGAGUUCUACACAAUUGACUUUUUGACCACCUUGAGUGGUCAAAAUCAUGUUGGGUUGUACAUGGUUUAGAACUCAAAGCCUUCCAGACUGUCCUUCUGAGCCGCAGGAAAUGGUCAGCCUUUUUAAUUUUUUUAUGACUUCUUAAACCCUGUAUUUGUAUGGAUAAAAACAUUAUCUGUUAUUUUUAGGUACAAAGAAGUAGCUAAAGCUGUCUCAAAUUUGAGUUUGACACAUGCAUACCUAGAAACAAAGCCCUGCCUCAACAGCUUGCUCUGACAUUCUCUUUGAAGACAUUAUUGUAAAGGCAAGCAAAAUACUUGCGUGCAAUAUCAUAGUAAAAGCAUUUUUAAACUUCAGGUUUUAUAGCAGUCCUGUAAUAAUGAAAAUUUGUUCUUAGUUUUUACAUACAGGCAAAGAAAGGUGAGUCACAGCUUAGAUGUAAAUAUGGAUUAUAACCAUGUAUUUUGAUAUGCUUGAAUCAAAAUUCUAAAUCUGGGAUUUGCUUUUUCUACCCUUAAAAUAAACAGGAAAGAGCCCAAACCUUGGAUGUUGUUUUUUAUCACAUCAGAAUAGUAAUAAAGUGAGUUUUUUAAAUUAUUUGGAAGCUUGUGAGAGUUUUGUCAUUGGCUUCAGUGGAAACAGGAUCAGGACUGCUGUGGUGCUUGUCCACAGAAGUGAUCAGUAUUUGUGAAGUGCAUGAUCUACUCUGUGCAAAUUAGAGUUGCAAUGAAUCCACUGGACUGUACCUACAGUUAACAAAGGAAGUGUUUUAUUUUUAUAAAAGUAUUUUUAAUAAUAAAAGGGAAUUUUAAAUACCAAUUUUAAAGGAUAUAAAGGAAAAAAGUGCAUAUAGAAAAGUAGUGCAUGGUAUUUUACUAAGUUUGCUUAUACAUAUCAUCUCUUCGAAGUCAUACAUUUGCAAGAGAUUUUUGUUUCCUGAUUUUUUUUCUAUUGGAAUGGUAAUGGAAGAAAUUUUAAAAUGUGUAAAACCUCAGUUAUGGUGUUUUUUGCUUAAAAUUGUAUCAUAAUUGUUGUUUACAUGUGUGUUCAAAACUGGAAUCAGAAUAAAGUCAAGUUGGUGACCAGUCUUUGUUACAUUAGUAGACUGUGCAUUUUUGCACGUUUUUGUUCAUUUGCUUGUAACUUUGUGUGAUACAAUGAAGUAAAAUCUCUAAUGCCAUAUUAA